AUGGGUAAACAGAGCAGAAGAAGCCACCCUACACACAUCAAUACUAAGAUAGUGGAAGCACUUGAACUGUUACACAUUGAUUUAUGUGGACCUUCUGCUAUAGAGAGUAUCGGUAGAAGUAAGUACAUUCUAGUAACUGUAGAUGAUUUUUCACGCUUCACUUGGGUUUUCUUUCUUAAGCAGAAAUCAGAUGCUACUCCCAAGCUGAAGGCAUUCAUCAAGCAAAGAGAAGUACAACUAAAGAAGACGGUCUUGGUUCCCAUAUCCAACCUGUUUGAGGAAUACAUUCGGCUAUUCGAUGAACCAGAAAAGGCAAUUCAUUCAGAGGCAACGGCAGCAGAUAACAAACUCGAUAAUCUCAAGAAGGUUGUAGACGAAGCUACUAAAGAGAUGGAAAACGAACCACCAAGUACUAAGUCCUCAACAGGAUCUCCAAACAAAGAUUCAACAUUCCAGGGGGAGAGCACUACCACUUCUAAGACAGCCGAAGUUUCUGUUGAGGGGGAGAAUUCAAGUUCACCCCCUACAUCUACAGGUUCGACUAAUAGGGCAAACAUUGAUCCAAAACAACCAAGUGACAGUCAAAUCGAGGGGGAGAAACCAACUUCCACCAAAAAUGCAGACUCUGAUACUGACAGAGAUUUCACUUCGCCGGUCGAGGGGGAGAAGGAGAAAGAAAGUGAUAGUUCUACUGAUGAAGGUGAGGGUGAUCUGUCAGAUGUUGAUAUGGAAGUAGAAGCUGAAUUGAAUCCAGAAUAUGAUCCAAGCUAUCCUCCAUUAGUAAAAUGGACAAAAGACCAUCCCAAAGAACAAAUUAUUGGUGAAACCUCAGAAAGUGUUCUUACUUGA